CCCACAACCCGCUGCAGGAAAGCCAUAAAAUCAUUCUGACCAACCAAAUUUAAAACAAGCAAUUUAUGCGCAUCAGAAUAAAAUUCUAUUAAAUAUCGGAGAAGGAUCCAUCCACCAUCCACACACAUUUUGUCAGUCUCUCAAGUGAUCCCUUUAAGAUGCAUCGACACGUCAGAAUUUCAUAAAACCUGGCUGCUCGACCCUUGAAAACUCCAUAUCCCAUACAUAGAGUGCCGGCACUCAAUCUCACUCCUUAUGAUGUAACUAUUCAAUAUUCGUUCAUUAUUUCACUUUAUAUCCUUGUCCAUUCUCUGAAUAACCUCAAGAAUAUCCUGUUCUUACGCAUUCGCUAUGUGAGGUAACACUACACUUGAAAUAUUCAACUUUUCUGACCUGUCAUCAUAGAGAAAGUGCCGCAUUUCCAGCCGUAUACAAUCAUUGUCUUUCUCGAGAUGGAAGAGCUGAAAUCUAUCGAGAAACUCCCGGAUGAGAUUCUCUACCGAAUCCUUUUGCAAUUACUUUACCAAGAUUUUGACUUAAGGCCACCAUCUUGGAAUCCAUGGACUCAAUCGCCGCAUGUGCUCAAUUUUUGCUUGACGCAGAGGAGAUUCUACAGGGCAUAUUCUCUAUGUAAAUCGCAAACACCCGAGUCCAAACUUACACCUAUAUACAAACUCUCGAAUGAGAUAUUAGAGAAUAUACUUGAAUAUCUCGUUCAUAAUUCUGGAAAAUUGAUUCCUAUUGACCAUAGAGCCUCUUUAAGUGUAGAGAGUUUCCAGUCUAUGCCACCACAAUCGUUAGAGGACACAAAUAUUACCACAACUCUUGUAUGGGAUUUCCUAUUUGUUACCAAACAUCAAUCAAUUUCUGAUGAAAACUUUAUUAGAGCCGUACAUGUAAAAAAUUCUACAGUUUAUUGCUGGGGAGACAGUUUGCCCGUGUCUCCAUUCGAUGCUCCGAUGCUGGUUUUAACCGGUUACGGUUCUUAGUGGAAGAGCGACCUCACCUGGCGAAACACGUUAAGAAAUUCUCGUACAUGAUUCCUGUUUUUUAUCACCGAGGUAUUUUCUGAUCUUUUAACUACAAUCCGCAUUUCAACUAAUCCAUUCAAAGGUCUAAGUCAACUUCAGAUCCUAUUUGACGAGACUCACGCCGCGACACUCACUUUGGAGAGACAAGUAAACCUAAAACAAAUCACUAGCAAUACUCGUCAAGUCGAUAGAUCUCGGCCAUCGCUCAAGCAGCUUCGCACAAAGCUUGAUCGUAGCCGCAAGGAUGAGAUUACCAUUUUUCGAGUACUAUCACGAGCCCGGGAGCAGGCCACCAUUAUCAAUAAUAAAAUUGAUGUACAGAGCUUACUCCACGCUUUUCAAUUGUUCGACCACCUUCAACAGAUACGUCUCAUGAGGGUCCAAGACAAAGUAGAUAUAGAUUGGGCAUCCUUCCUCCGAGAAAGACGCUGGAUCGCCUUUUCUCAAAACAACAACAAUAACGAUAUAAGCGAUCCCAUUCUCUCCUUAGAUCUCGACCCCUUAGAAUGGACAGUUGCUUGCGAGCACUCAGCUCGAGCACUCGGCUACGCUUUUCUCGAGUCCAAAUCCCCUGCAACACGUUUCUCAAGCCGUUUCGUCAAUCCACGUAUCCCCUUACUUCUUAACCCACAUUCUCAUCACACAAUCUCUACACUAGCAAAUCGUCUCACAUGUCUGGAAAUACAAAUCCAAGAACCUUCAGAUGAUAAAAUGCAUCAACUUUCUAGUCUCUUCAAUACUUUCUUCACUUCUGCUCAUCAAAUCCAGGGUUUACAUGUCGGGUUUCCUUCCAAUAGACCUCUAACUCAUGUACCGCUCGAAGCGGUCUUCCAUCAUGUUACGUGGAAUAAUUUAAGAUAUGUAGGGUUCGGGGCGUGGCAUCUGGAAAGCGAGGAAAUUAUUAGGCUGUUGAGACGUCAUAAAUAUACGUUGAGGAGUGUGAGACUGAGGAGUGUAAAGUUGAAAGAGGGAAGUUCGUGGAUAGAGGUUGUGAGGAUGUUAAGGAGGGAAUUGAGGGAGUUGAAGUGGGUUAGUUUGAGGGGAAUUGGGUAUGUAAAUGCAGGUGGAAAUGGGAAUGGGAAUGGCGGCAUUGGAAUCGGAGUUGGAGGAGCAAAUCAAAUAGGAAAUCCCAAUGUAGGCAACGCCGUGGACAUUGACGACGAUAGCGACGAUAGCGACGAAGAAUUAGAUUUCGAGGAUACAGCCAUUGGAGAUCGCACCUUAAGUCACCACAGUAGCUCUGUUCAUUUACCUUCUUCUUCUUCUUCUCCCUCGAAUAAAGGUAACACUACAGACGCGAGAGAAUCGGACAAAACAAGAACAAGAAGCAUAGAAAGCAGGGCGGCAGUUGGAGCAGUAACGUGUGAAUGUGGGAAUGGAUUCGCGAUGCAAGAUUUGGGCUACGGAGGUAGUGAAGGUGUGGUGUUGAAGCAUCAUUGGAAGUUUUGGGAAUUGUGGGCUGUGAAGAGAUGUGCCGUGCAUGAUUCAUGAUGUGUGGUUGGUGGUGGGUGGUGGGUGAUGGAACUUGGGCUUUGGAGAGAUAUUUUGUUUGGAGGGCUUUGGCUUUGGGGUAUGAUAAUUUAUGGGUGAGGUCGUUGGGUUGGGGACUGGUUUGUAAGUAUGGUUUAGGUUGGAAUUAGUACGGUGGGUGGA